UCACUGCUCUGUAGCUGUGUGCCACACCUCUUGCUUUGGUUUUGGUUUUAGAGCUCGAGUCUGAGUUAAGUUUCAGCAUUACGUGCAGCGCAGUAACGUACAGAAAUAGCUGUAUAUAAAUUUAUCUGUACAGUACAGCUCAGGCACUGUAAUUUCUAUGGCUGAUUUUGUUAAAAAGAAGAUUGUAGAGAAGCUAGCAAGGUUCACUAAGGACCUAAAACCUAGUGAUAUUUCUUUGAGUUUUCUCUCUGGUAAAGGACACCUUUAUAACCUGGAGCUGAAUGCUCUUUUCAUCACUGAAGUGUUGCAGUUGCCUCCGUGGAUAGAAGUAACUAGGGUAGUAUGUGACAGAAUCAGAGGUCAUGUUCCUUUCACCAGUCUGAGAACAGAGCCUGUCACCUUUUAUGUAGGCACAGUCACUAUUGACGUUUCAACGUGUGCAGAGGAGGGACCUCGGACAACUCAUUCGGAUCUUCUCAAGAAGUUAGGUGGAGGGAAGCCAUCAAAAUAUGGAUUCACAGAGAAAAUCAUUGAUGGCAUGAGAGUUGAAAUCCAUUCUAUAGUGGUUCGAUUCCAUGAUCCCACAUUUCGUGCAGAGCUUGAAAUGGCUGAUAUUGUGAUACAGAGCACCACUCCACAAUGGGGCAUAGCUCAGUCACUUGCACAGACAAGGCAUGUUAUUGCUGAUGAAGACUCUGUUGUAGUCUACAAAAUGGCCAGUUGGAGCAGUCUUAAACUUGAAGGGUGGAGCACUUCGGACCUUAGCUCACAAGCUGAGCAUCACAACUCACGUAUUCGGCUUUUGUCCCAGGAGAGCGAAGUUAAGAUAGCCUACAAGAGAAACUUAACCAACAGCUCCAUCCUCACCACUAAGAUCUCUGUCAUCUUAGGAGACCUCAUUUGGAUACUGACUCAAUCCCAGCUGAGGGCGCUAUCUAAGCUUAUCCAAUCAUUGAUGCAGGCAGCUGUGAACACAGCACGAGAAGCUAGACUAGAACGAGAUAGACAAGACAGUGAUCGCGAGUCGGUGGACUCUAUGGAGUCAACAAUCAGUACUACAAGCAGUGAAUUUGGAGGAGGAAGGCUAGAACAAAUGGGUACGGACGCAAAAACCAGUAGUAAAAAGAAAUCGAGCUCAGUAAAAAGGUCUCUGUCAGCUAGUGAACGAAUAGUAAAGCAGAGAACCAGUGACUAUCGUGAAGGAAUUAAGGUUAUUCCACAGUUCGAAAUUAUCCAAGACUCGUUCCACUUUUGCUCUGGAAAGAUUGAAAUUCAGCUGUGUGGUGAUACAGAAGAGUCGCACACGGCUCAAGGCUCUAUGCUGCUGGAGCUGUGUCACCUGGUUGUUGAUGUGUACACUGAUCAGCAGGCUGGGGCAGGGCGAGCACACUGGAAUGAGGCAAACGAUCUCACAGCUAAAAACAGAAAUUGGAGCAGGAAGCUAAUCCAACGGGCCUCCAAAACACAGUUCAUGGAUUUUCCCUCUAUUGAUUUGAUCAAGUUGAGGGAGAGGGUUGUGGUUAUCAAGUGCUCGGAUUUCUCAGUUAGUGCUCUCAAGAGUGGUCAUAAACCUUCUGCAAGUAAUACUUUACCGGUGAUAAGCUCUGACAAGAAGACAUUCAAUAUCCCAGAUGAUAUCUAUAACCCUGCUUUCCAAAUUGGCCUCACUUCUUAUCACUAUCCACUGGAGUAUUCAAACAAAUUUUCAGCUCCCCGGCCAAAUGUGUUUGUGUAUUUCACUCCACUGCACGUCAACGUGGACCAGCACAGUUUCUUGUGGCUGGUAGAGUUUAUAUAUGGAGUAGUGAUGACAAUCAACAUGGAGAUAGCUCUCUCAGUGCACGACGAGGGCAAGAGCUACCUUGAGUCAAAAAAAGAUGACACUCUUGAAACUCAUCAACUACCUGGGGUUGACUCCAAGAUCAAGAUUUUAUUCACAAAGAUUACUAUCCCACUCCCCGGAGAAGUAGUCGUGGAAGAUGGACGGCCAAAGGCUCUACAGGUGGAGACAGGAGCCAUCAAAAUCAAAAAUCGUACUCUAGAGUCACUGCUCGCUAACCAAAACUUCAAACACGCCUUGCAAAAAAUGAAGGGAGGUUGGGUGUUUAAGACACAAGACACUGAUCAGUUUCCUCAUUUUGCUGAAGAUGUCCAAUCAUUUCCAUCACGCCUUAGAGAUUUGAUCGAUCAAGCCUUGCGGAGUGAAAGGAGACGAUCCGUUUCUUCAGGUGUACAGCGGCUUGGGAGUGAUGAAGAUAGGUCAAGGAAGCUAGACUUAUCCACUAUGGAGGGUUGGUACAUUCAUACAGGGUGUGUACAUAUUUCAUUUGCAGAAAGCUACACACAUCAGGCUACACUGUAUACAACGCAGUUUGUGGAUGAUUUUCCAGUUCGUUUGUGGCUCUUUCCUCCACGGUCUGAAAUGGACUCCAGUCUUUCAUCUGCUGCCUCUACACCUUCUAACUCCACAAAACCACAAAACCGUGACCCAUUGGUUUCAUUCCUUGCUCACGCUCCUGACAUGAUACGAGUCGAGCUUGACAGAGCACAGCUUCUCUUUUUAAUGCGACUAAAAGACUCAAUCACCUUAUUUAAAAACAGGCUAAUGGAUUUCCUGGAUACAUCGAAGUUUGUCUCUCCGAAGAAAAGGAAUUCUCCUUCAGCUGAUAGUCCUUCAGCUGACAGCCAGAGAGGCACUAUUGACAGCGAAGAACCAAAAACGAUGAGUGGUUGUGUCAUUGUUGAGCAUGUUCAAGCUAACAUUCUUUUACCGUCGAUUUUUACAACGGUCAAUAAACAAAGUAGUUCGCAGUCUCCACAAGUACCGGAGGAGGUCGACCUUGAAGCUACGUCAGACUCUAUAGCUCAUAUUGAGGCAGACAAGAGCACUACUGAUGUUACUGAAAAGUAUUUUCCAGUUGACUCUCAGCAGGAAGAUACCCCGAUCUCUCAACAACAAUCACCUGUAAGUCCACCUCUCUCAACACUCUCCAGUUCUCUUAUGAUGAACAUUCCAGCAACUCCAACUGAAAUAUGCUCAACUGGCACCCUUGCAAAAGGCUAUGGGUCUGUUUCCAGUUUACCUGUUGUCUCGAAUCCAAACACUAUAAUGACGAAGAUGUACAGUAGUGCUAAUAAUUUGACUGCAACACCUACUAGUCUAGGGGCAGAAAAAACAAGCAGCCGCGAUUCUCUACCAAAUACGUUUUUGAGUACCUCUCCCAGUGCUUUUACUACAACCACACAACUGCCUCCUAUUUCUGUAGUUACUUCCACAAGAGCCUCAAGCUGCUCACUUGUUGAUGAAUUUGUAAUCGUUGAAAGCCCUAGACAUGUAUCUGUGAUGGCAGACUGUGUUUCUCCCAAAGUUAACAUUGCAGCUCCACUGCCACCUGAGCAAACUGCUACAAUACAAGCCAGGAAAAAACACAAAGCCAAAUCACCACCUCCCCUCUCAGAACGUAAAGUUCGAAGUUCAUCUCCACCCAAAAGUGAGCCACAAUACAUUAUUUGUAUCGGUGUAGAGGGUGUUCAUGCUUUACCCAAUAUUCUCACGUCUGGAAGCAUAACUGCUCGUUGCACCGUCGACAACAUUAACAUUCAAGAGUUAAGUAAAGAAAUCUAUCCUAAGUACAAGGAACAGUCAAAGUCCAAACAACUACCAAAAGAAGAGCAGAUUGGAGACGAAUGCAAGCAUCCUGUUAUCAAAGUUCGAGUUGAAGUCGGAGACCAGGUGCCUCGGUUCUUUAACAAAUCAGUCGCUGAAGCAGAUGUCAUAUUGAUAUUGAAGGCUACUGGUCUGGAAGUUUGCCUUCUCACACAGAAUAUGGCUGUUUUGAAAGACUUCUUUGACGACGAAUUUGAAGCAGAAGUCCCUGUUCCAAUACAUGUUCGAGUAGACAAGACAAAGCUAGUCAUUUUGGAUAGUCCUGGAGACAGCAUUGACAGCUGUAAAAGUAUGUGCAUCAAGAUAAACCAAGCAGACAUUCACAGGGGGAACAGUUUGGCCAAGGGAGUCAAUAUUUUUAUGGAUGGGGGGCAGACAGUAGAAGCACAAGCAAGAUUGUCUGAAAUAAGCGAGCAGGAAUCCAUGAGCAUAUCAGAGUUCUCACGUGAUCAAUCACAAGAACUGCAAGACAGCAACACUCAGCUCCUUGAUUCCUUUAAAUCGUUUAUCAAAAGAUUCGAAUUACAUAUGAAACUGCACGGGAAUCCUCUACAGCCCAAUCACAUUGAAGGUGUUCUAGCUGAACUCCAUACAUUAAUGUCGACAGUGAACACAGGUGAAAUGAGCAAACCACCUCCUCCUUACUCGGAAGCUGUCUCAGUUAUGGUAACAUCCCAUCUACAGUUGUCAUCAGAUUCCAAUACAGAAGUUAUUCGCCUGCGACGCGAAAAUGAAGAGCUGCGUCAGUUACAGCUGGACAGAGAUAAAUUAAACUCCCAGCUAGUGGACUCUCAAAGCAAGCUGGAACAAAACCUUAUUGACUUGGAUAUGGUGACAGAUGAAUGUAAAAAGGCCAAAGAGGAGCUGGUUGUUUAUAAACAAGUCUUGGAGAAACAACAUGAACGAAUGGAGUCGUUACUCAAUGAAAACUUUGACCUUAAGAAAAGACUAGGAUUUGUAUAAUAAUGUAUUAUGCACUCCACUGAUUUUCUCAUACCAAAAUGUUUUCAUUGACAAUUACGUUGAACAUUGCUCAAAACAUUACUGAAAGUGCAAGACAUAGGUAUUGUAUUACAUACUACUAUACAGCAGGUAUAAUUAUACUAGUUCAUCGCAUAUGGUACUCCUGUGUUGAGCUAAGUUGCAUCAAAGCCCCAUCAAAAUUGUAGGUGAUGGUAAAGUCCAAAUCUCUCUGUGUGAAUAUAUAUAGGUGAUUAAUAAUACACAAACAAUAUACAAAAUUUAGCACUGAAAUAAUGUAGGUGAAAUACACUAACAAUAAUUAUACACUGAAACACUGAAUCCUCGGGCUGAGGUAUGUUCUAUUUAUAUUUUUUUGACAAGUUGGCAUAAAAAACCAAUACGUGUGUUCGAAGUGUAAUUCACUGCUUGCCAGAGGUAAGUAAACCCAGAAUAUACAAACCAACUGCCACCUAUGCACCUCGAUCAGGUUCACUAAAAACUCACAUUGUUGCUCUUGUUGGGUGCCAUAGUGAGAACGCCUGACAGUUGCUCACCCUCCUUUAUAGUGAUGCAAUCAUUAAUGUAAAACACCGUCUGUUUCCAGUGGGUGUACCUGGCCUCAGGAGCUGCAUAAAUGUUGCAAGUAAACUAAAACUUUGCCAGCUUGGCUAUACAUGCAUGCACACAUUUAGAACAGUUUCACCAUGGAGCAAAACUACAUGUAAGAUUGGUUAAUACCACUUCAAAAUAAUAAUAUUCAUAGCUGCUAUCAUAAUCAGCAAGACAAAUCCUGACAUCGGCUUGAAACCCGACCUCCUUUCUUAACGAAAGGUCAGAUCACAACCAACUAAAAUGUAAAUCCAUGCGUGUUGGCAUAUUCACGGUACUCACAAGUAGUAAUUCCAGUUCGUUUGUGACACUUGGUGAACUCCACAGUAAAGUAAGUAACAAGUGCAUCGAUGUAGUCAUUCUUAUUAGAAGUCAGCUGGUAGGGAGCAGAAAAAUUGAGAUCCUCCUUGGUAACAGAGUACAAAUCAACUUCCUGGGUGUUAAAAAAAACAUAUCAUGCAUGCCUCAAUUUAUAUUAUAGGUAUGCUUAAAUACCUUGAUGAGACAAGCAUUGGUGACAAUUUGCUGUGGUUCCACAACAUCUACAAGGGGCUCUUUCAGCGCCACAGUCUUUAUACUGCUCAUGUUGAAUCCAUAAACACUGUCCCACCCUGCAGUGCAUGGGUAAGUGUCUUAACAAAUUAUAAAACACUGAGAUGACAACUAAUACUCUUACGUUAAUAUAAUGCCAACUGACAUAUCUGGAGACUAUAUAGAAGAUCCGUUAAGAAUGUGUUGAACAAAUUGUUCCAUAUUAUGUCGUAGGGAGCAGUAACGUGCUAAUUAAUGCAAGACAAAGACAUUAAAACGUACAGUGAAUUUUUUCAUCUUUAUAUUUUUUGUCCUCAAUAGCAACCAUGUAGAGACUAGCUUUAUCCGGGAAAAGAACACCGUCAGGUUUCUGCAAAAAACAAUAGGGGAAUUCUAAUACUGGGUAUACAGGGGAUAUCCCCCCUUUUUUGCAUUCAGGUACUAGUUGUAUGACUGAGUGUCCAUAGCUGGCAAUUUGACAUACUAUAACAGGGCAUUGAAAUAACAGUUGACCUUUUUUUUAGCAAAAUGUUCUCUUAUUUCCCCCCUCUACUUUAAAAUCUUGUAUGACACUCUGGUAUAUUUCGAGGGUAUAAAUGUUUGUGGUUUUCGCAAAUAUUAAUUGUAUACCCACAAAUUAAAUAUCACAUGCUGCAAAAAGGCUGCUAUUCAGAUCCACUAAAAUCUUUCUCAAGGCAUUUCUGCGAAACUGUAUUCCCUUGACUGUAUACCCUUGAAAUAUACCCGCUAUACGGUAGUCAAACAGCACAAGAAUCGCUUUGGUUUGUAGAAUCUAAACACACCAGCCACUUCUCCCUAGCAAAUAUGACUGUGUCCAACAUGGACUCGUAGAAGAGGCAGUAUCCCAUCCACUCAGACACGAUAACAUCCACCUUGUCCACUGGGAGAUCUACCUCCUCGACUUUGCCAUGGAUCAUUGUUACCACUAGAUUGUAAUAAGAGACAUGCUAGAAGACACUGUGGAAGGAUUAUGAAAAAACAGUGUAUACCAAAAUAUGCCAAAAAUAUUAUUACGAAUGCCAUAUCCACUUAGGAAGAUAACUUUACCAUUUUCGAGCCCAUUGUUUUUCACUAUCACUUUGGCAUGAUCAAUGAUGCUAGAGCAAUCAAUCUGUAGUGGAGUGUAAUAUAAUUUCUAUCUACUCUGUGUGCCUCACUGUUAUAGCCAGGUAUAAAUAUUGUAUUGAGAGAAGCCACACAAUUAUAGCUUAUGUGUAGCCUCGAUGUCAGGUGAUUAGCUGAGGGUGAAUUAUCUCUCAAAAAUGUACGUUGUUCAAAUAAAAUUUCAAUCUCUUCUGUAACAAACGACACAUAAUUUAUGUCCUCACCCCAUACACAUGCUCUGCUCCAGCACGGGCAGCAAACAUGCUGAGUAUCCCAGUACCACACCCAACAUCCAGCACUACCUUCCCCUUGAAAAGGUGUCUGUUGUGGUAUAUAGCAUUUCGAUAUGUUAAGGUCCGAACUUGAUCUUUUAGCAUCUCCUCAUGGAUUCCUACGUAGCGAAUACAGCAAUUCCUUACACUCUUACAUUACAAAGCAUCGUAAGAUCAUACUACAUUUUUUGAUUUAAGGCAACCCAUAUAUGCGGAGCACUAUAAUAAUUAUAAUAAGUAUAAUUAUCGCUAGCAUUAUUUGACCGACUCUACCGGAUUGCAUACCAAAAUGCGAGUACGAGUCAAAAUAGUAAUCUUUGCUUGUCUUGGGCUUAGCAGCUAACACUGCAGGUUUUGGUGAACUUUCGACAACCCCAUUGGAGGUACGUGGUUUUUUAGCACCCGGUUCUCCCAGGUUAGAGUCCCCACUGACAGCUACCUAUACAUAUAGGAAUACACUAUAACGACAGCCUUGUCCAAUGUACAUGUAAUGUAUUACCUGUAUUAAUGAACUGGUAUCCAUGCUAGAAGCCAUUCUCUUCAUCAAAUAGAAACUAGAAGUCUCUUCAGUCUUUUGGCAUCCACGUGGUAGCCUCAGUUAAAAGCCGCCAAACAUCUCUGAGAGUUGACACAAACGGAGAUGGUACGGAUCAUCUAGUUUAGUUAGCCUUGGCCGGCUGCUGGGGCCAGGCAGCCGGGGACAAAGAAUUAGAGUAGGCCUAGGCCUGAUUGCCUGUUUCUGGAAUUAUUUACCUAGACCUAGAUCAAAAUCUCUACAGGGAAAACUAGGAGCUCUGACAAAACCACCAUCAAACAUAAGUUUGCCAGUUCAAGUAAACACCAUCACUUCUAUUUUAACAGGAUAUCCAGAUUAUGGAACUAUUUACCUUCCACAGAUUUAACACUUUCAACUUCAACAAUUAAGCACAAUCUGAAAAAAUUCUUCUGGUCUCAUUUUAUAUCAAACUUUGACUCGGAAAACCCUUGUUCAUAUCAUUUGAAAUGUCCUUGUUGCAAAUGCAUUCAGGGAAGGUACCAUGAAAAAAUAAAGUUUUAUUUUUUUGCCUUAAAAUGUUCUUUGUGGGGUAUAAAAUAGCCCUGAGACAAAAAAAUAUUUUUCUGAAAAUUAACUUUUCAGGACUGUAGAAACACAAUUUCUGGCUUAAAAUUUUGCUUCCUGUUGUGGUCAAAUGUGGGCGCGGUCAAACGUGACAUCAGAGUAGGCAUUUGUGCUGCAUGUAAAAUGUAUUCUGUGUGUGUUGAGUGUGUUGCAGCUGGUUGCUCCUUUACAUCUAGCAGUCAUUUUUGUGUACAGUGAAAACUCACAGAUAUGACCUCCCUUGCUGCUCAGUUUGGGAUCCAAAAGAGGAAGAAGCUGAGAUCUGAG